CCCCAUCGCCCAGAAUCGCUCGGUGUAUUGGGUGCACGAAUUGGCUCGUUGCACAGGAUAUUUCCUCGGUCCCGAGUCGCGUUUGCAGGCGAGCGAUGGCUAUUUGGUCUGGCCCAUCGCGCGUUUUAGCUGCAUUUCGCUGCUUAAGGCAGGAAAUAGGAGCGCCAAUUCGAACCCCAAAUUGCUAAAUCCCCAAAUCCCUUGGCAGCGAGAUUGCCGGCGAUGCGGCCUCCGGCGCCCAAGACCUCCGCCUACAGCCAACAAGAACCUCGUCCGGAGAACCUUCUUCUCCUCGCUUCCCCCCGCGCUGCCAAACUCUCCCUUGGCUGCCCCCUCUUGGACCGCCUCCUCUCCGGUGGCCUCCCCGCCGCGUCGGUCACAGAGAUUGCUGGCGAAUCCGCCGCCGGGAAGACCCAGCUUUGCCUCCAGCUCGCCCUCCUCGCGCCCCUCUCCCCUCACCCUUCCUCCUCCCUCUUCUUAUGCUCCGACGUCCCCUUUCCCCUCCGCCGCCUCCGCCUCCUUGCCCCCAAAUCGCGGCCAGACCUCCUGGAUCACGUCCUUGUGGCCGCUGUACACUCCCCCUCCGACCUCCUCUCCCUCCUAUCCCGCGCCCAGUACCACCUCUCCCACCCGAGUCGCUCCCCCCACCCCCUGCCUAUCCGCGUCAUCCUCCUUGACUCCAUCGCUUCCCUCUUCCGCGCCGACUUCGACGCCUCACCCGCCGACCUCAAACGCCGGUCUGGGCUCUUCUUCAAGAUAUCCGCAAAACUCAAGGAACUGGCUCACAGGCACCAAUGUGUGGUUGUGGUUACCAACCAGGUGGUCGACGUGGUGGAGGGGAACACGGGAAACACCGUGGCCUGGUCGUCGGGGCGGCAGGUGAGCCCUGCGCUGGGGCUUGCGUGGGCCAACUGCGUCAACACUCGGCUGUUCCUGACGCGGGAGGUGGAUAGCAACGGUGGGAGUGCCAGGAGGCACAUGAAGGUGGCCUUCGCGCCGCACUUGCCGGUGCGGACGUGUGAGUUCGUGAUACGGAGGGACGGUGUCUUCGGCGUUGAGCCGGCACAAAGGUAGGCCAACGGUCUUGUAUGUCAGUCAUCUUUUGCCACGAGAGAACCCGACGACCUGUUCGAUCGAAUGUGCAUCUGGGUGAUUCAGUUUGAAAUACAGUGUAAGGAGAUUAUCCUCAUUCCUCGAUGGUUCAAAUGAAAUGUGAAUUAGCUCUGUCUUAUUUCUUAUA